UGCGUGCCACCCCCCAUGGAAGAUUCCAUGGACAUGGACAUGAGCCCGCUGAGGCCUCAGAACUACCUUUUCCGUUGUGAACUAAAGGCUGACAAAGAUUAUCACUUUAAGGUGGAUAAUGAUGAAAAUGAGCACCAGUUAUCAUUAAGAAUGGUCAGUUUAGGGGCUGGGGCAAAAGAUGAACUGCACAUCGUUGAGGCAGAGGCAAUGAAUUGUGAAGGCAGUCCAAUUAAAGUAACACUGGCAACUUUGAAAAUGUCUGUACAACCAACGGUUUCUCUUGGGGGCUUUGAAAUUACACCACCUGUGGUCUUAAGGUUGAAGUGCGGUUCAGGGCCUGUGCAUAUUAGUGGACAGCACUUAGUAGUUGUGGAGGAAGAUGCAGAAUCAGAAGAUGAAGAGGAGGAGGAUGUAAAACUCUUAAGUAUGUCUGGAAAGCGAUCUGCACCUGGAGGUGGUAACAAAGUUCCACAGGAAAAAGUAAAACUUGCUGCUGAUGAAGAUGAUGAUGAGGAUGAAGAUGAUGAUGAGGAUGAUGAAGAAGAUGAUGAUGAUGAUUUUGAUGAUGAUGAAGCUGAAGAAAAAGCUCCAGUGAAGAAAUCUAUACGAGAUAUUCCAGCCAAAAAUGCACAAAAAUCAAACCAAAAUGGGAAAGACUCAAAACCCUCAACACCCAGAUCAAAAGGUCAAGAAGCCUUCAAAAAACAGGAAAAAACUCCUAAAACACCAAAAGGACCUAGUUCUGUUGAAGACAUUAAAGCAAAAAUGCAAGCAAGUAUAGAAAAGGCACAUUGAACAGUCCUGGGCACUACUGGUAAAUAAAGCCCAAAGAUGGGGAAAGAGGAAAAGGAGAAACAAAUCUAGUCCAAACUGAGUAUCAUCAACAAUCCAGACUGAAGUCUUCUAUUUUAAUCUCAUUCCCCUUUCCACAUUCCCUUGCAGAAUGUAGCCUUUUAACAAAAACAUUUUUCUUUGACUCAGUGUGAUUCAGUGAAGCUUACUGCUUACUCCUACUGUGGAUAUGCUUCAUCUAUAACUAUGUUUUAAUUACCUUUGUAUCUGCUUAGCUGCUCAAUAAAUGCUUGAAUGAACCAAAAA